AUGAAAAUCGUUAACCUUAAAUUUUUAACAUAAAAACCAAAUAAAACAUAUCCAUGCCUUUGCCUCAAACUCCUCGCAAAGAGUAUUUUUAAAUAUCUGACAGAUUUAAAAAAAUCAAAUUUUUGGGAAAAGGCAAAUAUAGCGAUGUUUAUAUGGCUGUGUAUAAAAUAAUAAACUAUUUUAUAGUGACAAGAUAACUAAUUGUAUAUUCGCAAUCAAAAUAAUAAAGAAGUCAAUCAUUAAUUAAUUCAAUCUCUCGAAAUUGNAUAAAAUAAUAUUUGUCAACAAUUCAUUCAAUAAAUGAAGCCGGUUUUUCAAUGGCAGCAUGUUUAUAAGUAUAGAAGAAACAAUCAAAUUUAGACUGCUUUACAUGUAUUUUCAGCUACAUAAUUACAUGCCUAAUCAAGUAUAUUAUUUGUGACUACAUCAACAUAUUCAGAUGAUAAACUUGAUUUAUUUGAAUGGACUGAUAAGUGUGAAUAAGCAGCUAUUCAAAUUAAUGUUAUAUCUUUUGCAGGGGCAAUACAUUAAUUAAUAAAAAUAACAUAAACAACUGAUGGAUAAUAUUUAUGUCCUUUAAAUGAAUAUCAAUUUAGCUAAGAAAUUUUGGUAAAUAAAUUGAUUAAUUUAUAAAUAAGAAAUUUGUUUCACCAUAAGAAUUGAAGAAUCAUAAAAUGAUUACUUAAUUAGUAAAAAUAGGAUUCCCAUAAAAAUUAAUAGUGAAUCAACCAACAUUAUGUCAAUGUCAUUUAGAAAUAGUGUAAUACAAUUUGAAAUUUCAAAUAGAUAUAAUUUUUAUAAAUGUCCUGUUUGUUAUAGUAAAGUUUGUUCUCCACCACUUCUAUGUCCAAUUUGUUCAACUUGGAUUGUACUCCCUCAUUAGAUUCUCAGAAGUGAUGGUUAUGAAACUUUAGGAGUUUUUGAAAUGUAAAAUGAUGGUUUAGAACAUAUUUGUUUUGGUUGUUAAGAAUAAACUACUGUUAUCCAUUCUAAUUGUAAGAGAUGCAAAAAAUUUUUCUGUUUGUAAUUUUCUUAUAUUAUUUUUAGAGAUUGUGAUAUUUUAAUUCAUUCUAAAUUUAAAGUGUGCCCAGGUUGUGCUUGAUUUUUUAG